AUGCGGCUGGCAAGGAGCAGCGUGGCGGCCAAGCCGCACGGGCAAAAGCGACCCGCAGCCUCGGUGUCCGUCGCUUCAGUCCCCGGUGCCAGCCGUGCACGGCGCCCCACAGGCCAGGCCGGGAGUGAGGGUAUAGCGGCCGGGCGGCAGCCGUCGACAAAACGGAGGCCGAGACAUUUGUCGCCGCGGGCCCAGGAGGCGGGCCCCCGGGACCAGUCGCCGGCGGAGCUGGCGCUGCUCCCACCGCCGCCGCCGCCACCAACCCCGGCGACCCCAACGUCCUCGGCAGCCACGCUGGAGCUGGGCGACCAGAAGGAACGCUGGGAGGCGUUCCAGAAGCGGCAGCGGCUCACCUGCGAGGACGCCGUCAAGCUCCUGCUGGAUACCUUUGAAUAUCAGGGCCUGGUGAAACACACAGGCGGUUGCCACUGUGGAGCUGUUCGCUUUGAAGUUUGGGCCUCAGCCGACUUACAUAUCUUUGACUGCAACUGCAGCAUUUGCAAGAAGAAGCAGAAUAGACACUUCAUUGUUCCAGCUUCUCGCUUCAAGCUCCUGAAGGGUGCUGAGAGCAUGACCACAUAUACGUUCAACACGCACAAAGCCCAGCACACCUUCUGUAAGAGAUGUGGUGUUCAGAGCUUUUACACUCCCCGCUCAAACCCUGGAGGCUAUGGAAUUGCUCCCCAUUGCCUGGAUGAGGGCACUGUGCGGAGUGUGGUCAUUGAGGAAUUCAAUGGCAGCGAUUGGGAGAAGGCCAUGAAGGAGCACAAAACCAUCAAGACCAUGUCUAAAGAGUGAGCGUCUGCUCCUCUGGAAAAGGAGGAAUGAUUGGGUCUGACAACUCUGCUGUCCCUGUUGUACCCCAGUGGUGCUCACGAACGUGGCUGACCCAGACUGGUUUUGUUGGCCAGCAGCCAUCUCCAUUUCUGCAGUUUGUUCUGGCUAUGUUUCUUUAGGCAGCUCUUUGUCCUUCCUUAGCCCAAAUUUUGAUGUAGGCUAGUUGAUAUGAUAUUCUUCCAUCUCUUCCCAACUUUUGUGUGACCUUUUAGGAAAAAAACUAUUUUUAACAUUAAAGCA